GCAUCACGAUCAGAUAGACUACGCGUGCACAAAGCGGAACAGGCAGAAGUGAAAGUAACGAGAGGCGAGUUAACGCUGAAUGAAAGAGUGCAAAGACAAAAGAAAAACCGCAAGACGUUUCACGAAUUUAAGGACAGAAGGUGGGACGUCCACUGCGCUGGUAUGCUGUGUUUCCUGUUUCUAAAGUUAACCUGAGUGCAUUUAGAUCCGGUGACAGCCUCGACACAGAAACAGCAAGAGACGCGACAGCAAUGAUUGGACAGGAGAAUGGGAAGAACCGCCUGCAGCAGGCCCAGGAGGACGUGGAGGAGGUGAAGGGCAUCAUGCUGGAAAACAUGAACAAAGCCGAUGAGAGAACUGAGAAAAUGGGCGACCUGGAGGAAAGGGCUGAACACCUGCUGUCAAAAGCUGUAGUUUUUGAGAAGAGAACCGAAAAGGUGAAGCAACAGAAAAGAUGGGAGAACAAGAAGAUGAAAGUGGUGUUUAUUGGCAUCGGAGUGGCAGCGGCACUCAUCAUUCUCGGACUUAUAAUCUAUGCCAUUGUUAAUAGCACAGGAGCAUAGUAGCUCCUCUGCGGGUGAAAGGUGAAGUGGACAAAAGGGAAAAAAAGGAGUGCAAACUGUGGGACUCUAGCAUCUCGCCUGAACUGCUCAUUCUGUGUUAUUUCUGUGUUUAAAGAUAUUUAUGGGAGUAUCGGUCCCACUCUUCAUUAGUCUUCAAUUGAUAUGGUACCAAUGAUUGCUCGGCUGCUUUGUUGCUUUUUAAAUUAACUUUUCAAUGGUAAUGUCUCUGUAAGGCCCACAAUGGGAGAACACACAAAUCGUAGAUCUUAAAAUUAGAUCUAAUUAAGAAGUUCUCCUCCACCCCGUGAAUUGCUAAUAUUUUUAUGCAAAUAUUAUCAGGCUGCUACUUUUGUAUUUGUAUGUUUGUACACAGCUGUUUCCGUUCAAGAGCACAACUCAGAGGAACAGAAAGCUGCCAUCAGUGGUCUCUGAACUGAAGACAGAAUCCUUUUCACCAACGAUUCAGUCGAUAAGUAGAGUCAACCGUGAGUGCAAGAAGACAGAGGAAACAGAACAGAUGUUAAACUUGGUGAAUAUAUGCGGCUUCCGAUUGCUUCAAAUUGGAAAGAAUGAACUGAUGUAUUGCCACAUGAAAUUUCAUCAGUCAAAAUUGAAAGGUUGUCUGUAUCAUUAAAAUGUUUUAUUAUAUUAUUUUGCACAAAUGUUGGCUCGAUACAAACUAAUAGCCAAGCCAUGUAGUAAAGAUUAUCAGAAUAAACAGUGACCCCUGCUG